AGAAAAGUUUUAACAUAAAGAAAAGAGGCCAAGGAAUCAAGAGUUGUUUUGUUAACGUCAUCUGACUCAAGGAAAGUCUGAAGUCUAAGACAGACGUUGGGUCAAAAGCAUUCAACUAUUUACAACAAAUUAAUUUUUUAUAUUCAGGUUGAUAAUUUACUUUUAAUAUUGACUGUCAAAAGUUUUUACGAUCUUACCAACCUCUAAAGGGAAGCCUUGUUUGCUUUGGUAGUCUAUAAAUACUGUCACGCUUAUCACAGAAUCCUCAUCCACCAAGUAACACGUCUUCUCUUGAUCUUACUCUCAUUAUCGUCUCUGUAAUUGCCCCAAGAUGUCUUUCUCAUUGCAAAAUUUUCUUCACCUUUCAAUCUGCUUGCUUCUCCUGAUAAGUUUUGCUAAUGCUCAAAACUGUAGCGACUGUUUUGUUCACUCACGUGCAUCAUAUUAUCCAAACUCUGACGAACAUGGAACAGAUCAUGGAGCUUGUGGGUUCGGGGCAUUUGGAGCAACAGUCAAUGGAGGAGAUGUAUCAACUGCAUCAGAACUCUACCGUGAUGGAGUAGGUUGCGGUGCUUGCUAUCAGGUCAAAUGCACAAACAGUGACUAUUGCUCAGACAAUGGAGUUACCGUGGUCAUAACAGACCAAGGCUCUGGUGACCAUACUGAUUUUAUCCUCAGCGAGCAUGCUUUUAGCAAGAUGGCUCAAACAACAGAUGCAGCUGCAUCUUUGAGAUCCCUUGGUGUAGUGGACAUAGAGUAUCAACGGAUUUCAUGCAGCUACCCAGGUAAAAACAUAACAUUCAAGAUUGAUGAGAGCAGCAACUACCCUAGCUAUCUAGCAUUUGCUAUUUAUUACCAACAAGGAGAAAAGGAUAUCACUGCUGUGCAACUAUGCGAGACACAAACUUUUACCUGCAAGUUACUGCAACGAGACCAUGGAGCUGUGUGGACAAGUACUUCUCCACCAAGUGGACCGUUGUCCAUAAGAAUGUUGUUCAGUGAUGGUGAUUACGCAGAUGAUACUUGGGUUGUUCCCGUCAACAACAUACCUCAAGAUUGGAAAUCAGGAGCCAUAUAUGACUCUGGAGUACAAGUGAACUAAAAGGAAAAAUCGCCUGCAUUAAUCAGAUUAGCAAUGAAAAUAGGCUCUAUAUAUACUAUGUAUUAUUUAAUGCUGUAAUUAUUUUUCAAUAGAUUGAAGCUUAGGCUAUAAACUUCAAUCCACCAUUACAUUCAAUGACUAAUAAAAUCUGAGUUUCAAGAUA